AUGUUACGAACGCUUUUACCACUCCACAUACACCAAGCAGUCGUCCGAAUUGCGAGAAGAAAUUACCUCCACAAGAUGAAGACUUUUUCCAACAUUGAGCUCAUCGACCAAGUAGACUCGUACCCAUAUGAGCAGGACAAUGCGCAGCCUACUGAGACUCCUGGAUCUGUCUACACCCUCGUCUGGAAUGAUUCGGAGGGCGAGGUGCCUAUCGGGUAUGUCUUGCCAAGGGUGGUGGAAAAGCUGCUCGAGGCACCCGGCAACUUAAAGGGCGAGAUCCAGGUCAACUCAGAGAAGCGUACCGUUCGCGCCUUUCAAGGACCGACAUUAGAUAGUCGCAGCAAUAUCGCGGCAGAUCUGUCCAGCUAUUGGAGAACCAACGACACCUUCCCCAUCCUCCGGGGCUGGCGCGACGAGCUGUGGCCUGUCUACGGCCGCCAUGGCGAGCUUCUCUUCGAUAUUGAGAGGGCCGCCUCCGGAUUGUUUGGCGUCACGAGAUACGGCGUUCACAUGACGGGCUUUGUGCGUUGUCCAGAUGCGAGUCACGGUAUCAAAAUUUGGGUUCCGCGUCGCUCCCCAACCAAGUCGACGUUCCCCGGAAUGCUGGACAACACGGUGGCUGGUGGGCUGAUGACAGGUGAAGACCCAUUCGAGUGCGUAAUCCGCGAGGCAGACGAGGAAGCUAGCCUACCGGAGCAGGUGGUUCGCCACCAGGCCAAGCAUGUCGGCGGCGUAACGUACAUUUAUAUCACCGAGGCAGAGGCAGGUGAGGAGGGGCUCAUCUAUCCCGAAGUUCAAUGGAUUUAUGAUCUCGAGCUACCCGACGACGUUGUGCCGCAGCCAAAGGACGGCGAGGUUGCUGAGUUCAGCCUCUGCACUGUCGAGGAAGUCCAGGAGGGGUUGGUCAACGGAAAGUGGAAGCCCAACUGUGCGCUGGUCAUUCUCGACUUUUUUAUCCGUCACGGCAUCCUGACCAGAGCCAAUGAACCUGAAUACGAUCAUAUCGUACGAAGAAUCCACCGAAGACUUCCCUUCCCUGGGCCGCAUAACCAGGACCCAUCUUUAGGGGCCAUCGACGGCUGA